AUGGCUGUGACUGUCUUCCGACCCGCUCUGCGAGACUGGGGGUAUUGCCUCCGGUGGCGCUACACGCUUCGGCAACUGAGCCAAACCCAGGAGCCUCCUGAUAACCCCAGCUUUGUGGAGUCUGUGGAUGAAUACCAGUUUGUGGAGCACCUGUUCCCCCCUACCAAAAUCCCAGAGCCACCAAAGCAUAAACAUUAUCCCACUCCCAGUGGCUGGCAGCCUCCAAGAGAUCCUCUUCCCAACUUGCCCUACUUUGUUCGACGAUCCAGGAUGCAUAACAUCCCUGUCUACAAGGACAUUACACAUGGCAACCGACAGAUGACCGUGAUCCGUAAGGUGGAGGGGAACAUCUGGGCUCUACAGAAGGACGUGGAAGAGUUUCUGAGCCCACAGCUGGGAAGAACACCCAUCACCCAGGUUAAUGAGGUGACAGGGACUCUUCGAAUCAAGGGCUACUUUGAUGAGCAGCUUAAAGCCUGGCUUCUUGAGAAAGGCUUCUGAGAUAUGAUGAUCAGCCCCAUGGCAGUUCCUCCACAGACAGGC